UAUUAAAAACUUUAAAAAUGGGAAAUGCAAUUGCAAAAGACUAGUAAGUGUAUUUUACUGUUAGCUCCAAGAUGUGCAGUAGGAGAAAGGAAUCCAGCACAUUUUAAAGUGAUUUUGCUAUAGUACAAUUCUCAGGCUUAAAUUGCAUAGAAGAAAAAUUAUUUCAAUCAAUACUGUUAUAGACUCCGCAGACGGCAUGAUAGUGAAGAUCCUAAAAACCAAAGAUACACAGAAAAUAAAGAAAAAAGAAGUAAAGAUGAACAAGAGACCCCAAUUAAAACUUCAGAAAGAGAAGUGUUGUUAAAUGAUGGGAAGCUGCAAAUAUGUGCGCCUAACAAAAAUAAAUCAGGAAGAGGAGGAAUGGAAACUGGAAAAGAGAAAUCUCCCAAGCCAAUGGGAGAGAAAUGGAAGCGGCAAGAAGAUAGAGAUUUAAGAGAAAAACGUUGUUUUAUUUGUGGAAGGGAAGGACACGUGAAAAAAGAAUGUCCACAGCACAAAGGAGCUGCAGGUGUUCUGAUGUUAGAAAAUCCAUGUGGGACCCCUAUAUCCAGUGCUGUUAAACACUCUGGUCGAUUAAAUCAGGGACUAUCUCCACAGGAAGAAAAAAAGAAACAGAAAGGGAAACUACUUUUGAGUCCCCAGUCAGGCAGCCUUUCCAGUAAAUAUAUGACUCAGGGAAAAGCUUCACAGAAGAGACCCCAACAAGAUUCUUAAGAAACUGAAGCAAUCUUUCAGUUGCAAUACAGACCAUCAAUUUCCUUCAGAAAAGUUUAUUUUCUUUUAUAGGCUUUGGGUUCACAAAACAGCAGCAAAAACUGUCUUUGACAUAAAUCUAGAGAAAACACCUUUUAUUUUAAUUAAAUUGCUAAAGUUACAAAGGCAAUGAAUUUUAAUGUUUGUUCAUACCAUGAAUCCUUGCUCUGAAUAGGCUUGAGCAUUUUAAUAGAAAAUCAUGUUUGUAUUUACUAGGUAAAACAUGUAGAUCAGGGAAAUCCUUCACCCAAAUCACUUCUAAGACUUUCUACAUUCAGUGUGAAUGUUUGAGUGCACUUAAAUGAUGUGCAAGCCAAAUAUAAUGUCACCUUCAAAAUAUUAUUUUUGAAGGGUAAAAAGGGUAUUUAUUAAUGUUGAACAUUGAUUCCUUGUGUAAAAGUGUUUGGAAUAUUUCUGGACUGCUACUGCCAUAUUUGCAAAUAUUUUAAACUGUGGACAACUAAAACAUGGACAUUAAGUAAACUUUUAUGUAAAAAUCUUUGUUGAAAGCAGUGCCAAUUUUUCCCUUCUAUUUUAUUAUGAUUGCUAUGCUGCUGUCCUUUCUGUACAGAGAGUUAGAGGCAAGUUAGUUAUGUUUGCUGCUGCUAUGAUUAUUUCCCAUUGUCCACAA